AUGGAUACUGAGAUGAGGCCAUGUUCCUCCCUGUCCAUCAUUCUUCUCUUCUUUCUCCUCUCUUCUCUCAACGUCCAACCCUGUGGAGCAACUGAUAGCAUCUAUUUGGGCCAGUCCGUCUCCGGAAACCAGACCAUAGUGUCCAAAGAAGGCAAGUUUGAGCUGGGGUUCUUCACACCAGGUAACUCCCGGAACUACUACAUAGGUAUCUGGUACAAAACAAUUCCUGUCCAAACUGUAAUCUGGGUGGCCAACAGAGCAACACCCAUCUCCAACACCUCAUCUGCCGAGCUAAAAAUCUCAGAAGAUGGCAAACUAGUCCUCCUCAACAGUUCCAAAAUCCCAGUUUGGGCAUCCAAUUCAACUCCAUCGACCUCGAAUUCCAUGGUUGCAGUGCUUCUUGACACGGGAAAUCUUGUUAUAGGAAAUCGGUCGAACGCUACAAUUUGGCAGAGUUUUGAUCAUCCAACUGACACCGUCAUGCCAGGAGGAUGGGUUGGAGUAAACAAGAUCACAGGGGAGUAUCAGAGCAUAACUUCAUGGGAGAAUCCUGAGAAUCCUGCCCCCGGGCCUGGGCUUUGGAAUGGCCGGUACUUCCCUGCAAUCCCUGGUACCAGAGAGAGCUCUCCCAUCAACUUCACCUUCGUCGACAACAAGCAGCGGAAGUAUGCCACGUUUACCAACCUCUACAGUUCUUUCAUCACCCGGACUGUGGUUGAUUCAUCGGGGCUAUUAAAACAUUUGUAUUGGCUGAACAGCACCCAGGAGUGGCAGACAAUCUUUACUCAACCUUUGGCUCAAUGUGAUGUCUACUCUCUAUGUGGAGCUUUCGGUAUCUGCGACCAGAAAAGCUCAAAUAUUUGCAGGUGCUCCUAUGGUUUUGAACCAGCUUCAAUGGAAGAACGGGAGUUCAAUGUUUGGAACUCAGGGUGCGUGAGGAAAACCAGUUUGCGAUGCAGCAAUAAAAGCUCGACCGGUGAAGAAGGGGAUAGAUUCCUCGAGAUGACCAAUAUGAGAUUGCCUGCCAAUCCGCAGAACUUAACUGUCGGGAGUGCUAGAGAUUGCGAACAGGCUUGCUUGAACAGUUGCUCUUGCAACGCAUAUGCUUAUGUGAGUGGAUGCUCAAUUUGGAAUGGGGAUCUUCGGAACCUUCAACAACUCUAUGAUGGUGAUGGUGGAGCUGGAACUCUGCAUUUCCGGCUCGCUGCCUCUGAUUUCCCAGCUUCGAGUAGCUCCCAUAAGUUCGUAAUAGAUCUUACUCUUGGUGUCAUCGGUGGAAUUAUUGGGAUCCUGUGUGUUCUUGUCGGACUAAUGUGGGCAUUUCAAAGGAGGAAACGUAUUCGAAUGGCAAAACAAGUUGAGGGUUCUUUGAUUCAGUUUACAUAUGGCGAUUUGCAGCGUGUGACCAAGAACUUCUCCGAGAAGUUGGGUGGUGGUGGCUUUGGCUCUGUUUUCAAAGGGACAUUAAUUGACUUAACCGAAGUAGCUGUGAAGAAGCUUGAAGGCUUGAGACAAGGAGAGAAGCAAUUCCGAACCGAAGUGAGCACAUUGGCUGCUAUUCAGCAUGUCAAUCUGGUUCACCUUCGCGGUUUCUGCACCGAGGGCAGCAAAAGGCUUCUAGUUUAUGAGUACAUGCCUGGUGGUUCCCUGGACUCUCAUCUCUUUCAAAACAAAUCCACGGUUCUGGACUGGAAGACGAGGUAUCAAAUUAUUCUUGGGAUUGCGAGAGGAUUAGCCUACCUCCAUGAGAAGUGCAGGGAGUGCAUCAUACACUGCGACAUAAAGCCAGACAACAUACUCCUAGACAAGGACUUCUGCGCCAAAGUUGCAGACUUUGGCAUGGCGAAGCUCAUCGGUCGCGACUUCAGCAGGGUGCUGACAACCAUAAGGGGAACCAUUGGCUAUCUCGCACCCGAGUGGAUUUCUGGCCUGCCAAUCACCUCCAAGGUUGACGUCUACAGCUUCGGGAUGAUGCUUUUUGAGCUGGUAUCAGGCAAGCGAAACACAGCGCAAUCUGCGGAUGGGAGCAAAUUCUUUUAUCCGUCCUGGGCGGCUAUAAAGGUCGUUGAAGGCGAUUUAUUUAGCUUAUUAGACCAUGGAUUCAAAGGUGCUGCCGACCUUGAAGACCUAACCAGAGUCUGCAGAGUUGCUUGCUGGUGCAUUCAAGACUCUGAAGCUGACAGGCCAACAAUGGGACAGGUGGUGCAGAUCCUAGAGGGAGUCCUGGAAGUGAGCAUGCCGCCACUUCCUAGGGUUCUUCAGCUCCUUACGGAAGAUCGGAGCCAAAUUCGUGAUGAUUUGUCAUCCACUGAAUGCAAAGAUCCACUUGAUCAAUCUCAAGAUUUCUAUCCGUAA